AUGGAACAGCCGAAAUCGAUAAGCCGGAUACCAAUAGAUUCUGUGCCGGUCAAGACAUCCUCUUCACCAACGUCAACUAUUCCCAGAUCUCAGCCGCCGCCGACAAGUUCCGGUCGGAAGGGGGACAACUCAUAUUAUAGUCAGGGUCAGGUGUAUAUCGACUUAACACAGGAUGGACCAAGUCUUGAUUCGGAACCUUUAGCAGCUACAAAUGGAGAGAAUCUUGCUUCCGUCCAAAAAGCUGGGCCUGGGCAGGUUGCCACAGCUAACCGCCUAGGCACAAAUAGCAAAGUCAACCCACCAUCGCCAUCCAUAUCAGACGCAUCGUCUGACUUGCCAUCCACAGAUCAUAUAUGUGAAAUAGUGACUCGCGAUACUCCCCGCACUCCAGGCCAGAAACGAAAGCGCGAUGACAGGCCUCCAGGUGCCCCAAAUGGCGUUCAACAAGUUGCACUUACCUCUUCUGCUGGCACUGCUAGUGCAAGGGUAACCCAAGGAGUCGUCGAAGACGCCAUUCGGCCCGCCUCGCAAGUUCCUCUUCAGGACAGGACUGGUGCUACCCCUACAGAAACCGCCGUUCGGAUCAAAGUCAAAUCAGUACAAUUUGACUCAUCUGCGUUCGACACAGCUCUGUAUCAGCAACCUGAUGCGACACCUCCUCCUGCUGGGGUGGUGAUCGGUCCGCGUAUAGAAAACAAGCCCGCUUCAAGCGAGGGUCAGAGAAUGUACAUCUACGCAAACCCAGCUGUCCAUGGAAUGCACAACAGGUCUGAAGCUUGGCACGAAAAAAAGGCUCUUGAGAUCCAGGCACGCGGUGGUCGCAAGUUUUGGUUCGGCAAAGUUUCUGCACGUUUGCGAUGGCUGCAGAGGAAGCGGAUUGGAUCUUCCAAAGCGCAAGACGUAAACUGUGAUCAGAUGCCAGAACGCCCUAAUCCAGAGCCAGGAGCCUAUAGGAGGCCUCUGGAUUUUGGGGAUGUGCCUGAGUCAAAACUCCCCGAGAAGGUACGACAGAAUCCGGACUGGCUAAAAGCCUGCGAAUGGUUCAGACAGCAACGAAAUUUACAAGACAUAAGGCUCCGCGAAUCUAAAAGAUGCGAGCAGGAAGCGAAUGAGUACUACAUGAUCCUAUCUCAGGGAGGGAUUCCGGACCUGGGGACGGAGGGUAGUGACUAA